CCUGCAGCGUUCAACUUCACUACCUGUCCUGCACAGACAGGGAACGCAGCGGGACACGCGCCAGGUGUCUCUUUACUCUUUGCUGAAAAGUUCUGACAACAGUUUUUGCGAAGAGGACGACAUGUAAAAUUUUAAACCCUGACUGAUAGGAAAGAAAAGAAACUCUCCACAGCUAUAAUUUCUUCUUCACUGUUAUGUGUGGGCUCGUCUUUCCACUGACAAGAUGAGCGGCGGCGUGAGGCGGACUGAGGGAAAUGGAGAAAAGGACAACAGAGCUAACGUCCAAUGCAGGCGGCUUAGACUCACUCUACAAGAUCAGGAUCAGUCAGGCUGCACCUCGGAGCGGCACAGCAACAAGGAGAGCAGCAUUGCAGUAGUGCUGCCACAGAAACCAGAGGAGCAGGAAGAAACACUAAUCACUCCCAGAGAAGAACAAAUUGAAGUCAUAAAGGUUUAUCUCGAACCCCGUCUAGAGGCAGCGGAGAGGGUCAAAAUGAUGACGGACGAGGUGUCGCAGAUUCAGGAGGUGAGGUACUGUCUGAAGACUCUGAGACAGCAGAUGGCUGCCAGGCAGAAUGCUAACAACAACAAGUAUCCAGCCAAUGGCUCCAGAGUCAACCUGUCCAGCAGCCAACCGGCUGUCAGCAACAUCAACACUGUUCCCACUGAGUCAGACGCUCAGGUCGGAGAUAAUCAGGAGGAGAGUGUGAGGCUCAGGGAGGCGACCAAGCGUCUGUACGCGCAGCUGAAGGAGAUGGAGAAGAGGCAUCGGGAGGAGAGGGAGAGACUGCAGGCUGAGUCGCACGAGUAUGGUGUUCGUCUGGCCGAGCAGUCUGAGCAGCUGCAGACGGCGGAGAAGCAGUCGGAGGAGAAGGGUCAGCAGGUGGAGGAGCUGCAGAGGCUGCUGGGAAGCAUGGCGAUCGAGAGCCGCAACCUCAAAGACAAGAUGGCGGCAGGGGAGGCAGAGCUGCUGCAGCUCAAAGCAGACAAGGAGGGAGGGAAGGAGAGUGAGCAGAGGUGUGAGGAGCUGGAGAAGGACGUGGCCAUUCUGAAGGAAAAGAUCCAUCACCUUGACGACAUGUUAAAGAGUCAGCAGAGGAAAGUCCGCCACAUGAUCGAACAGCUGCAGAACUCCCGGACUGUCAUCCAAGAGAGAGAUCGAUUCAUCGGGGAUCUGGAGGAGAGGGUGGCUUUCCUGCAGGCUGAGAACAGAGAAAUGCAUGACCACUUGGAGUACUUCCUGGCAGGCCAGGAGCCUCCGCCCCCGACAUCCACUGAGAAGAAGCCAGAGGUUGUUUACAGUAAAACAAUCACACCAACGACACACACCAAGAAAGCCCUCCCGUUCAUCAAAGUCAUCGAGAUCAAGUCCUGAACGGAGUGUCAACCAAAGGAAUGACCAGAUGGAAAAUAAAGUGUAAAUAUAUAUUUAACCACCCAUCGGUAUGUAAAAUGUAGAUCUGCAGUGAUUUAACAAAAGCUGGCUUAGCAGACCUCAUGGUGACAAAGCACAUUGGUCCUUUGGUUAGUACCUCCAUAGUGCUCUGUAUACAUUUACUGCAUCCCUUCAGUGUCAAACAGAAUCUAAAAAAGGAAAGAAGAAUUCAAACUAGGUUCCAAUGGUAGGAGGAAUCCUUAAAAGAUACAAGGAAGGAGCUGUGCAAUGCAAAGAGUUUUACUGAACGUCUUACAUGAUAUACAAAGACACAAAUCUGUGCAGCAUGUGCUUUGUCAGCAAGUCGUAACGAUGCAGUGGCAGUAGCCAGAGUUCAGUAAAGUUCUCUGUGUUUAUUUGUAUCCACCUCCACUUCUUUCCCAUGCAGAAAUAAGAUGUGUGAACAGCUCAAUGUAAAAGGUGGGUCGAGAUUAAAAACAGCUCUGUUAUUUAUUUUUGAAUGUCCCUGUUAGACACACAUUUAGACAAAUGUACAAAUAAUCCACUGUGUUGAGUGUUUCCAGCACUUCUUCAUCCUACAGCCUCUUGACCUAUUGACCUCAGUUCAGGGUCAGAUUCCUCAGUGCUUCGCACCACAAUGCCAAUGGCAGGCAUGCAGUUGGCUAUGUCAUCGUUAAAAUAUGAGUCGUGUUUAACUUAAAUAUAUUUCUCUGUACAAAUACAAUCACAGUGAUAAUGCUAUUUUAUAUAUUAGAAUUUAGACCUUUUUCUUUUUAGCUAUGCUGAUAAAUACUUAUUUGAGGCUACCUGUAGAGAUGCGAGCUGAUAACAAGAUUUAUUUUCUUAUGUAUGCUGCCAAGUGAUGCCUCAACACCCUUAUUACAUACCCUGCCUGUUUUGUGGUAUAAUAUUGCAUAUUUAAUAACACCGGUUCAAACUUACUGAAAUCGUUAUACAUUGUUUGUAUGGCUGUUUUUCUGUAAAAUACUUGGACUCGUGGAUGUACAUUUUGAUAAACUACCCAUUUACUGUGAACACUGUAGAUAGAUACAUUGAAGUUCAGUCUGUUAUUUCAAUAGAAUGAAACACCUGGUUUAUCUGACUUAUUUGUUGUAUCUCUGUUGUUGCAUCUUUACUCUGUGACCUUGUACUGCCACCUAGUGGAGAUAUUAAAGACACUGAAAAAGAA